GAUGGCAGAACCAGGAAGAACUUGGACAAAAUCAGACGGAAUUUCCAGGCAAAGCUCAGUCUUAUAGAAGCAGUAGUUUCUCAACUGAUCAUCGUCCUCUCCUCUUCCUAGAGGAAGUUCUUAGUAACUUUCGAUAUCCUUUGACUAAAUUGCUUUCAGACCUAGCGUGCAGUAGCAUAAGGGGAGCAAACCUGAGGCAUCAUGGCUGAUAAAAACACCAAGAAUAAUCUAUUAAAGGAUUUUGAAUUACUGGGAAAGGACAUAGUCAACAAUGUUUUGGACAAUUUGCUGGAAAGUGACAUACUGACAUUGGAGGAAGACGAACAAGAGAAGUACCGUGAAGCUCAAGCUGUCGCCAAAGCUGAAAAGAAAGCUAAGGUCCUGAUAAAUUCUUUCAGUCGGAAAUUCCACUCCGCAGGGCAAGUGUUGGCCGAAAGCCUGUUUAACAAAGAUGAACGGGAUGACAGUGAUGAGGAGUCAUUACCUUCUGCUUCUGCAGCAAGCCAGGCCAUGUCAGCUAAGCCCAUGGGUACACUAAAGCUUUGUUCUCCAGAAGAUUUUCAAAGGCAGAGGAAAGAGAGGGAAGCAGAGAUAUACCCAGUGAAGGAGAAAGAAGGCCGUACACGGUUGGCUCUCAUCAUCUGUAACAUAGAAUUUAAACAUCACUCUAAGAGGGCCGGAGCUGAAGUUGACAUUGAAAGGAUGAAAAUCCUUCUUGAAGAGCUAGGAUACAGUGUGAAAAUCCUAAAGAACCUCACAUCUUCGGAAAUGAAGUCAGCCCUGAGAAAGUUUGCUGCCCGCCCUGAGCACAUAUCAUCUGAUAGCACUUUUGUUGUGUUCAUGUCUCAUGGUCUUCUGGAUAGAAUUUGUGGGAAAAAUCAUCACAAAGAUGAUCCAGAUUUGCUUGCUUAUGACACCAUAUUCCAAAUUCUAAACACUAAGAAUUGCAUCAAUUUGAAAGAUAAACCCAAGGUCAUCAUAAUCCAGGCUUGUCGUGGACUGAACCAUGGAUUUACGUGGGCGAGUGAUGCCCCAGAAAUUGCUGAAGACAGCCAAAGUCAACUGCAAGUCUUUGAGGAUGACUCUGUCCAGAAGGCCCAUUUAGAAAAGGACUUCAUUACUUUCUGCUCCUCAACUCCACAUAAUAAGUCUUGGAGAGACCCUAAAAAUGGCUCCAUCUUCAUUAUGGAGCUCAUCCAUUCUUUCCAACAGUAUUCUUGGUGUUGCCACAUAGAACAAAUCUUCCGAAAGGUUCAGAAUGCAUUUGAAACUCCCAAAGUUAAGACCCAAAUGCCCACCAUUGAAAGACUGUCCAUGACCAGAUAUUUCUACCUCUUUCCAGGCAAUUAAACCUAGAAAAUUCAAGUAGCUGGGACCUUAUGUAUCCACCUAUUUCAGAAGAACAUUUACUGAUGCAACUAGGAUUGGAGGGAAAGGAUUCAUUGGGAAUAUAUACAUGCACACAUAUGUGAUAUUUCUAAUAAAGGUCUGAUAUCCAAGAUAUUUAGGCAACCAAUAGAAAUAUAUGAGACCAAAAGCAUUCUCCUUUGGAUAAUUAGUUAAGGUGUUCUCCAAAGAAGAAUCCAAACUAUUCAUAACACCAUUAAAAAUGUUCCAAAUCAAUAAUAAGAUAUAUGCAAGACUAAAGAUCCUUGAGGUUUUCCCUCACUCCCAUAAAAUUAAUAUAAGUUAUUAACAUGCAAAUAAUCAAUAUCGGAAGGAUUGUGGAAAGAUGGACACAUUAAUGCAUUGUUGGUCAAGAUGUGAAUUAGUCCAGUAUUUUUGGAGAGUACUUUUGGAUUACUCAAAUUAAGUCACUAAAAUGACCAUCCUCCUGGAUCCAGAGCCUCCAGUGCUAGUUGAUUGGUUGUUGUCCUUCAUUCUUGAAGAGGACCAAAUUUGGCAUCACUAUAUCAAUCAAUCAAUCAAGGUACAGUGUGUUCAACUGUAGCUGAUCAGACCAAUAUGAGCUUGGAAGGCUUGACCACAGGACAGGCACAGGUAGUACACAUGAACAUUUGGAAUGGAAAUGUUUCUAAAUUUGUUCAUCUCAUUUUCUUUUGAGCUACUGCAAUUCUGCUUUGUUCAUAGAGGACAGUACUUCUUUGAUGUGAGCAAGCCAAGUGGAAUGGUACUUUGCUAGUGUCUCCCAUGGUAUUCAAUCUAUUCCAAAGUUCUUCAGAGAGACCUUGAGAUUGUCCUUGUAUCACUUCUUCUGACCUCCUUGUGAAUGCUUGCUUUGUGUGAAUUCUCUGUAAAAUUGUCUUUUAGGUAAACAUGUGCUAAGCAUAUAUACCAGUGGUGGGCAUAUAUACCAAGGAAGUUAAAGGGAAAAAAUAAAGGACACACAUAUACCGAUAUAUUUAUAGCAGCUUUUUUUGUGGCAACAAAAUUUUGGCAACAAGAUAGAUGUUCUUUAGUUGGAGAAUAGGCAAACAAAUUGCAGUACAUGAGUGCAAUGAAAUAUGACUGUGCUGUAAGUAAAUCUAAUUAUUAUCAAUAUAGAGAAGCAUGUAAAGAUUUAUAUGAACUGAAGUAAAUGAAGCAGAAUGAGAAAAACAAAACGCAUAAUGACUACAAUACUGUUAAUAGAAAGAACAAAGUACCAAUGGAAUGUCACAAAAUUAUUAUGAUGACAAGCUUGUUUCCAAAAAAGAGAUAUAAGAAGAUACUUCCACCAACUUCUUUGCAGAGGUAGAGGACUAUGAGUUCUAUGCAACAGUACAGAUGAUAUCAGACUUUUUCAAUAUAUUGUUUAGUUUUGUUGAACUCCUAAUUGCUCUUUUUUUAAAAAAAAUAUGUUUCUAAAAGAAUUCAUUUCUCUGUAAGACAUUGGGGUGAGGGAUUUAGGUGGUACAACAAAAUAAAUAAAAAAAUUAAAAUUGUAUUAGAUCUUGUCUAAAAUUCUAAUAAAGACAAAAACAAAUAAA